GCAUAACAUCUUGCAUUGAUAUAAAACUUUGCAAACUGCUUUUUGUUUUUCAUCUUAAGAACUUUUAACAGACCUUUGUCCCUUCUUCAGCCAUCAUCAACAAAAUCAGAGUGACUUCCCCAGCAUGAGAGCUCAAUGCUGCAUUUGUGCAGAUCUCUUUGUACAUGAUGAUGAAAAGGAUAUUGCAGCUACCCCAUGUGGUCAUAUCUUUCAUGAGCAAUGUUUGGCACGAUGGCUUGCUUCAUCAAGUACCUGUCCUUCAUGUCGUAUGCACCUUGCACGUGCAUCUGUUAUUCCAAAACUCUACUUUGAUUUGGGGGAUGAGGCAAAGGAAGAGAUAGACCCAGACAAGCUUUCCAAUGAGCUGCAGGCUCUAAGAGCAAAGAUCUCUAAGGUGAAACAUAAAAAAGCAAAGACCAAAGAACAGAUAAAUGAUUUGAAGAAAAAGUUAAAAAACAAAGAGGAAGAAACAGAGAAUCUUGGUCUGCUGCUAAAACGUGAACAAGAUGUUGUUGCCACUCAGCAAAAGAUUCUCCAGCAGUAUGAACUUCAGCAACAGGCAGUGAUGACGGAAAGAUCAGAAUUAAAGAAAAUUCAGCGGAAGUUGUCAGAACUUCAGCAAGUGGAGGUUUUAGUAAAAGGUACCGAGAGUGAAGCAGAAGCAAUUCUGCAGCAAAACAGUGAAGGGGAUAGAGCAUGUUUGCAGCAAUUAGCUCGAUAUUGUGCUGUUCUAAAAAGGGAGUAUGAACAAGCCAAGACUGAGAAGAAAAGCUUGAAAGAGCAGGUUGAAAAGUACCGGCAGACCAACUUCACCAUUUCUCGUGAAUUGACCACUAUCAAAGCUGAAGUCAGUCUGCUUCGUGACCAGCUGUCAAGAUCUGAAGAUGACUUAAAGCAUGUAGAAAAAGCAAACACACACUUAAAAACUAAACUAAACAGAAUGAAACUUGGCAAAAAACAUCCUGCAGAAACCAGUGGCAGUUUUUUAGAUACCCCAGAACAAAAGGACAGCUGGGUGGAGAUUUUUACGGAAACACCCAAACUUGACAGAAUGGAGGGAAACUGUGCUGAUGGUUUCUCCACCCCUAAGAUGACCAAACCAUCUGACUCUGAUUUAACUCUGAUCCCACAAGAAAACUUUACCCCAGAUCUGUUUAUUGACUCUCCUGUCACCAAAGUGAAAAAAACUAGUGAUGAAAAUAGAAAAGUUGUGAAAGUAUCAUCUGCACAUGUGUCCAAGGCUCCUAAGCGUGUGUGCUUAGAGGCUGAUCAGAUUGUUGAUGCGCUUCCUUUGUCAAUGUUAAAUAUAAUGAAGAAAAGGCAAACUGCUGGUCAGUUACUAAGCAGCACUGUUAUUAGGAAAGACUAUAAUGGCUUGGGUGGGACAUCCACUUUCACCCAACCAUUGGGGCCACCCAAACUUGCUAACUUCAAACUUACAAGCAAAGCUACAAAAAGAACAAAGCCAGUUAAUAAAGGGUUGCAGACAAAACCGCCUCUUCCUACUUUGGACAGCUUUAUUGACUUGACCUGAUAAUAAGUCACUUGUGGUUUUUAUAGGAUUUUCUUGAAGUUUGGCUGACACUGGGUACUCAGUUUGCUUUUUUCAUGAUCUUGAUAGUCAUCCAGAUCUUGAAUCCUAAAAGAAAAAAUCUUGUGUAUAAACUUACAUCUUUACUAUUCAUUAGCAGCUGGUCUCUUAAGCUCAAAAGGUUACAAGUCUAUGUGUGCAGAUAUAGUUGCUUGAUCAUUUCAUAGAUCUUUGAAAAUUAAAAGAAAUCUUGAAAACUAAAAAGAUUAUGACAGCUGAAGCUAGCAUGUUAAAGUAAUUUUAUACAAUAUAUGCAAGAGUUUUUUUUUUAGUGUGUGCAUCAAGCCCCAUCAAUUUGGAAAAAAAUUACCCAUUCAGCCUUUGUCACGUUGAUAUUUGACCACCUUAAAGCCCAAGUUUGUUUUUUUUUAAAUCAUUGACUACUUUUCCAUGUCCUGACUGUGAACUUCAAACUGUCGCAAGGGUGUCUGCAUUUACUCUGUGGGUGUUCUUGUUGUUUGAAUGUGUAGAAUUGAUCUGUUAUGUAGUUUUCUUAUUUCUUAGUACACGUAUUGACAGGUCAUGGAAGUGGAUAUCAUUUACAUUUUUGAAAAGAUGUAAUUUCACACUCCAGUGGCCAAGACUUUGUAAAUUAAUUUUCAAAAUAAUUAUCUUGUGGUCUCAGGGUAUGAAAAAUAUAGAAUAAGGUUUAUUUAGUUUAAAAAAAUGGAUAAAUCCAGAAAAAUUAAUGGCUAUAACACAAGUACUGUACAGGGUAGGAAAAGUUUUUAUUCAUCUAUUCAUUGUCAUUCUAUUGGUAACAUUUUUCACUGGGAUGUGAGGCAGUUCUUAUUUGGUUAUCAGACUUUUAAUUAUAAUUGGAUUACAUUCAGUAUCACACAUUUAUGUUGUGAGUCUAUUUUAUGUGAUUUGGUCUUUGGUAACCAUGUUAACAUAUUAAGAUGUUCAUUACAAAACAUCCAUACUGUUCAUCCAGUCUACUGAAUGUUAUGCAUGAACAGAAAGAUCCUAAAUUUUGUUAUGAGACACCAUUUAUUAGUUGACCUAAAAGAAAUUCUUUUGAAUUGAGAAGUAAGCUUUUCAUAUAUUUCAUAUUUGUUUAAUACUAAAAUAUAUCAUUUUU